CUACCGCCGUACUCAUUGCUAGCCAGAUAGUCAUCAAAGCUGUUGGAUAUAUUGCUAGUUUACUAGUACCAGCCAAUUCCUUGAGAUCAACCAACCUAACGUACUUGUAUCUAUUUAUAAACUAAGGGUUCUCAUUUAGUUAGGUCACUCAUUUUAAAUAUUUUGCAUCAACAUUGUUUCCUUCUUUUUUAAUAAUUGACAAUGUCUAAUGAAGAUGAUUCCUACGAAGAAUCAUUAAUAUCUCAGUUUGAAACUACCCUUAGUAUUAGACCUACAUCAAAUGAAAUUGAAGAUGUUUCUAUAGAUCAUACGGUAUACUCUAAUUAUACACAAGAUCAAAGUAUAAUAGAUUUAUCUGAACUUGAAGAAGAAGAAGUUCUUCUGGAACAAAUUCCAAAGUUCAAAACAAAAUCAAGCAGAAGACUUUCAUUACUCCCAAGUAAUGCUACCAAGGUGAAAAAGGAAGGUGGAUCAAGUAGGAAAUCACUGCCAUCACCAAUCCCUGAAGCCAAAUAUGAUACCAUUUUAAAACCUUCACCCUUGAUAGAUUAUACUUUGGAAAGAUUUCAUCGUACAUUCCAAGAAUUUCUUAGUUCAAAUCCACAUAUCCUGAAAGAAUCUCCUAAAUUUGAAAUUGAAUCUCAAAAGACUUUAGUAUUAUUAUCCCCAUAUUCCGCUGAACACGCAUUUGGAAGGAAAUGGGUAACGAAGUCAUAUUUAUCAACCAUUUUUGAAAGACCUCAAAGAUUACUUGCAUCAUGUAUUGGAGUUGCUGCAGCAAUUACCAUGUUCCCAUUCUUUUAUAAACUUGUAAAUUCAACGAAAAGAGGAUCUAUUAUGUCCUCUCACGUUCAAAAAGUACAUGGGAAACUUUGGCCAAAAAAAUUAUAUGAAUUAUGUUUAGAAUCAUAUGAUAAACUUCUGGAAGAUAAAUUGGAAGUACCAGAUGAUUGGAAUACUGGUGAUAUAUAUCUCACUCCUAAAACUAUCAAUGCCGUUGAAGGGGUUAUUGGAACAGUGGAAACUGCCAUUGAUUCCCUUUAUGAUAAGGAUCUUGAUAUCCAACAUGAUUUAGCAUUUGUGGUGAUUCGUCCACCGGGUCAUCAUUCCCAUGCUUGUUUGCCCAGUGGGUUCUGUUUACUUAAUAAUGUACAAAUUGGGAUUGAAUAUGCCUUUGAAACUUAUGGUGUUACUCAUUGUGCAAUUUUAGAUAUAGAUUUACAUCAUGGUGAUGGAUCUCAAGAUAUUUGUUGGGAACGUGCUGGAUUCAAUGGAGAUUAUGGUAAAGAUGAUGAAGAUGUUGAAAAUCCAAGAUCUGAAUAUGGUAAAAGAUUUGCAACAUAUCCAAAGGUUGGAUAUUUUUCAUUACAUGAUAUUAAAUCAUAUCCAACUGAAUUAGGAUAUGCAACAAAGGAAAAUAUUAAAAAUGCAUCUACUUGUAUUAUGGAUCAUGAUUUAAAUAUAUGGAAUGUUCAUUUACAAGAAUGGUCAAGUGAAGAUGAGUUUUAUAAACUUUAUCAAACGAAAUAUGUUUCAAUUUUAAAUCGUGCCAAUCAAUUUUUAAAUCAAGCCAAAAAGCAAUAUGAACAAGAAUAUCAAGCUUAUUUGAUUCAAUUGACAAAUUAUAACAAAUAUUUGCAGAAACAACAUUUAUACAAUCAACCAGUAUUAAAACCAAAGGCACCUCCACCAUUCAAACCGUUGAUUACUAUAUCUGCAGGGUUUGAUGCUCUGGAGUAUGAGAAUCCACAAAUGCAAAGACAUGGUGUAAAUGUACCAACUUCAUUCUAUGCUACAUUUACCAAAGAUGUGGUUAAAUUGGCCAAAAUUCAUACAAAGGGUAAAGUGAUAUCAUUCUUAGAAGGUGGAUAUUCUGAUGGAGCAUUAACAACCGGGAUAUUUUCACAUUUAAUUGGAUUAACUAGUGAUUCAAAGACUGCUCAAAAUGAUGAAUUAUUAUGGAAUGAAACGUGGGGGUCACAACAAGUGAUGAAGGAACUUAUUAAAGGAUGUAAGAAGAAUUGGACUCCUUAUAAGAAGCCACAGACUGACAUCACUAUAUGGGCCAAUGAAGUGAUUAAACUUGGAAGAUCUAUGAUGCCAAAUGCUAUCUUACCAGCAAAUUAUAUAUACAAGAAAGAAGAUCAAACAAAUGCUGUAAACAACAUGGUGAAAGGAUUGAAAGAGAGUGACCGAUUUAAUCAAGGAUCAAAGGUUAAACCUAAUAUUGAUGUUGAGGAUAGAAGAGUUCUCAGAUCAUACUAUAAACGGCAAGAAGCUGCUAGGUCUGAAUAGAGAAAUAAAUAUUUUUGAUAUAUGUAUAGAGAUUCUUUUUUUUUUUUUUUCCCCCUUUUAACGGUAUAUAUUUAUACAUUUAGCUAAUAGACAAUAGACAAAUUAGAA